CUAAUGACUGAGUUCUGUCGUGUGUGUGUGUGUGUGUGUGUGUGUGUGUGGCAGUUAACCUCAUGCUGCAUCAUCAUCACUGUCCCAGUACAUUCUCGCCUCCCUCUCACAGCAUGGAAACAUUCUCUCUCGUUUAUCUCGGGUCCCGCACAGCAUCAUGGCGUUUGAGGGUGGGGGGCGGAGCUGUGGUGUUCAUGAACUAAUUUGUGCUAGAAGAGUAUCUCCUGAACUGCUAGGCAUCCUGUCCUCCAUUGCUGUCUUUAUGGGCUUGAUCGCUUUCUUUUUUCUUUACCUCAGCAGCAAGCUGUCAGUGGAGAGCCCAAGCAGUGAUCUGUCUUGUUUUGAAGGAUUUAACAAGGAUUUGCCAGAUGGUGGUUGCCCAGAGAGAAGAUCAUCUGAGAGUGAGGACGAGACACCAAAAAGACACAAAGACUCGCCCUCCCAAAAGCAGGGAAGUGGGUGGAGAAACAGAGAUGCUGAGAAUGACGAAUGCAGCAGUGACACCUCAGUAGAUCAUGUGAAAAAGAAAAAAGGUUCAAGUUCCUUGAAUGAGCAUCAGCCUCCACCGUACAGGGACAAAGAGGAUUUAAAACGUGGUUCACGAGGCCGCAGUGACUCGGCAGAGGGCAGUGACGUCAGUGAGGGCAGUGUAGACCCUGAAGACACAGAGAGUUACAUGAAUAAGGAGUAUGAGGAGGACGCACCCAGUGACAGCACGGCUGUUUUGGGCCCGGAGGACAGCUUAAUCCCACCCCUUCCAGAAAGAUAUGAACCAGAGGUAUUGGGGAAAUACGGUACGCUUGAUGUGGCAUUCGAGUAUGACCCUGGCGAACAGCGACUUGCGGUAACGGUGACCGCCGCUACGGAUAUUCCAACCCUCAAGAGCACGGGGAACAUUUCCUGGCAGGUGCACCUGGUUCUACUGCCCACCAAGAAGCAGAGGGCCAAGACAGGAGUGCAGAGGGGACCCUGUCCCAUCUUCACAGAAACCUUCCGCUUCUCGUGUGUAGAACAGGAGGCCUUGUGUGAUUAUGCUGUCCGAUUUCGUCUCUACAGUGUGCGGCGUAUGAAGAAGGAGAAGGUUUUAGGGGAGAAGGUGUUCUACCUCACGAAACUCAACCUCCAGGGGAAGCUGGCUCUUCCUGUCACUCUGGAGCCGGGCACAGCAGUCCCGGGCUGUGGGUCAAUAGUGAGUGUCUCUCGUAGUGCAGGAGCUCUAUCGCACCGAUCCACUGGUGAAUCCUCCACUCCAGAACUCCUGCUCGGCCUCCUCUAUAACUCCACCACAGGCAGACUCUCCGCCGAGGUCAUUAAGGGCUCCCAUUUUAAGAACUCUGCCACCGAUAAACUGCCCAUUGGCCUGUUUUGUUGUAUAAAACACUUCUUUAGUGGUCAACUGUAUAUCAUGAGAGAUACCUAUGUCAAGUUGACAAUGCUGGAUUCCAAAGGGAAGGAGAUGUCCAAGUGUAAGACUUCAGUAUGCCGUGGUCAGCCCAACCCCACCUACAAAGAGACAUUUGUAUUCCAGGUGGCACUGUUCCAGCUGUCUGAGGUUACCCUGCAGGUGUCGGUGUACAGCCGACAGAGCAGCAUGAAGAGGAGAGAACAGGUUGGCUGGGUCGCUCUGGGCCUCAACAGCACUGCAGAGGAACAAGAGGAACAUUGGACCCAGAUGAAAGAAUCAGAGGGACAGCAGGUCUGCCAGUGGCACACUCUCCUCGUCUCAUGAGGGGGAGCUGAGAUAGCCCUAUUAAAAUGACCAGCUUAGACCAGUAUGAAUUUCCAGGCUGCUUUAUGCUGAUUAGUGCUUGUUUGGUGAUGGUCUAGCUUAGGGGUCGGCAACCUAUGGUGGGUUAAUCACUGACACGCCAUUAACAGCGAGAGAGAGAGCAGUAUGUAUUUUAUUUAUAUGAAGUCCCUCUGCACCUGCACGUGGCAUGCCAAUCUACCACUUGUUCUAAACUGUCAUAAUCACGCAGAAUGUUUAUUUUUUUAUGAGCUGAAUGGGAAGCUAAACACUAUUCAACUGUGACGAAACCAUGCUAGUCAACAACAGAUACAAACCAUUCGUGCUUCACGAGCCACUGUUAUCGCAGCACAGCUUUUUGCUUCGCUUUUGGAGAGUCGUGCAAGUAAACACGUCUGCUUCGGUCACAUAGAGCAGUUCACAGCCUAUAUUUUCUUGCUUAAUUCCUUUUUUUUAAGCAUACCAGCUCCUUAAACUACAAUGACAGUGAUUUUCAGACUACAUAAUUAAGGGACAAAGGCAAACACAAAAACACACAUAGCGGAGAUCAAAAGUAAAAAUGAAUUGUGCCCCUUAAAAGUGCCAGUUAUUUGCACGCCUUGUCUGUGCUGGUUUAGCGGCCAAUAAAGUAAUUAUGCAGAUCAGGCAACGUCGCAAAUGCACCCUCAAAAUCUGUGCUGUGGGCUGGGCUGAUUCUGAGCACUAUAUAGUGGAGAAUGCAGCAGACUACCAUUAUCUGACACACUCCGCCAGUACUUUACAGUACUGUGAUCCAGACGCCGGAGUCAUCACUUUUUGCUUGACUACACCGCACAUCUGGAAAUAUGCCAGUCUAUUAUGCUCUUCUCCAUCAUUUGUAAAUGGAACCAGGCAAUUUUUGUGAAUAAAGCGCAAUCUAUAAUAAGUAGCACUAUCAGUCAAUUAAUAUUUUUAAUCGUGAUUAAUUGCAUUUUGUUUUCUUUCUUAGGAAAUAAAAAAAGAAUGAAGGUUAUAUUUAUAUAGCGCUUUUCUGACACUACACUCAAAGCACUUUACGUACUGGACAGGAGACCCUCCUCAGCCACCACACUCCAGCUGUUGGUGGAGAGGAGAAAAUACAGUGAUGUAGCCAAUUCAGGGAUGGGAAUUAUUAGGAGGCCAUGAUUGAUAAGGGUCAAUGGGGGGUAAUUGGGCCAGGACACCCCUACUCUAUGCAAGAAUUGCGCUGGGAUUUUAAUGACAUUUAAUGUCUCAUUCAAAGGAUGGUACAUUUUUGCAGUGUAGUGUCCCCAUCAUUAUACUGGGGUGUUAAGACCCACACAAACCACAGGGUGAGCAUCCACUGCUAGCCUCACUAACACCUCUUCCAGCAGUAACCUUAGUUUUCCCCAGGAGGUCUCCCAUCCAGGCACUGACCAGGCACAGCCCUGCUUAGCUUCAGUGAUUAACCAGUCUUGAGCUCCAGGGUGAUAUGGCUGCUGGCCAAAAGAGUGGAUUGAUGCACUAAAAUAGCAUCAGUCCAAGUAUCAUUAAACAUUUUCCAAAGUCUAAGUGGGAGUUUGACUAAUUGAAAGAACUAAUUCCCACAUAGUUUACAUAUUCAUUCCAAUGGGCAUUGCCUUUCUUAAACUCUCAUCCUCACAAUAUUAAUCAGCCGGCAGACUGUGGCUAUUUACUUGUUACAGGUUCAUUAUUUGCGUCAGGGCAUCAGCACCAGCGUUAAGCGCCUCUUUGAACUCCAUAUGAAGAACGCUUGCAGACAAAAAUGACUCAUUUUGCAUUUUGGUGAUAGUUAAGACUUGGCACGCUUCUGUGGUAAUUAAAAUGUGCCUUACUUAGGCUGAAAAAGACUUCAUUUAUGUCACAAGUUCCAUCUUAUGUCACAAGUUCCAUUUUCUUCAGCAAAUAGCAUUUAGAGCUUCUUUCCCCAUCACUUUAUUACUGUUUUACAUGCAUUGCGAAUGCAACUCUGCAGUUUCACUGUAUUUUUUCAUUAUAAUUCCAGAUAUGCAUUAUCAUACAAAACAAAGGGCAUGCAGCAGCGUUGGGACUCCAGGUGAAUUGUCCUAUGUAGUCAGAAUAAUUCAGUACAGAUAUGGUACUUGAACAAGAAGUUCGGCACAUUGAUUAACAAGGAAAAUUAAAAAUGGCACGUCAUGUAAAAAAGGUUGCCGACCCCUGCUCUAGCUGGGGGUGAAAACUGCCAGGCCUUUGGGUGCAAUUUGGGGCAGAGCUCCUGUUCUUUGCUAUGGGUAGUUGAGUAGGACUUGGUUAUGGGUACAGAUUCAAGUUUAGAUUGUAAUGUGUACUGCAGUGGAAUCCUCUGUGUUGGAGGUGAUAGAAAACUCUACAUGAUCCUUGGAUGUUCUUCAGGAUAAUGAACCUGCUGUAUUUCCCAAAGUUGAAGAGAAGUCACAGGGGAAUGACUUAGACUGCCAUACAGAACAUUUAACUGACCAACUGCUAAUGGACCUGCCAUCAUUAUUGUUUGUUCACAUCAAAGCAUAAUUACAGUGCUUGCAAGAUAGAACUGUGUUCAUAUUCUUCAAACAUUCUGGUUAGGUUUUUUCUAAACCUAUAACCCUAAAUGCUAAGCUUAAGCUAUAGUUUAUUCAGACGUACAGACUCUAUUUAAAGGUGCAGUAUGCAAGAUUCAGAAGCCCUUGUUAUUAAUGACACCUGUGGCCAUUAAGUGAACUGCAGCCAGCUACCUGUUGCUCGUGCUCUCGCUCGUGCUCCACACUCCAUAGGCAUAGCAUCGGCCAAAUCAAUGACUUAACGUACAAAGAGACUGAAUGUGAUUCACCGGCAUCAUGCUGCCAGAUGAGGUAGCAUAGUUAAAAUUCCACAGUUAUGAUUGUUUAACUAAAUUAAAACUACUUAUCAGCUAACAUAGCAUACUGAUAUACACAUACAGCUACAUAAUACCAAACUAUACCAGAGAGUUUACUGUUGCACUGCACUGGUAUGUUGCACUAUUGUAUGUUUUGUAUGUCAUAUGUUGUACUACGAUCAAGAAACCAGCGUAUUUGCUUAAAUUUGUCCUGUUUACCUGACUUUUAGUAUAAAGAGAAGAUCAUUUGUUUACUUGAAAGUUACAAAGCAAGGUAGCUCGCUAUUCGUCAGCGUUAUUAGGCAAGAUCAUGUUAGCUAAAAUUAUACAGCUCAAUCCUUAUGGCAUUAAAUUUCACAUGCUUUGCAGUUAUGUAAGCUUACCCGUCUGAUAAGAAGAACGCCAAUUCAGGGUCAGUUUUGAUCCCCAAAACCAAACAAAGGUCCCUCCAGGAAUCAAAUGCCCUGCCGAUGUUCACUGUAGUUUUUGUUCGACCACGAUCACGUUCCUGCUUAGCCAGGCAGGAAUCAGUAGAUCAAUUUGUGUGUGUGUGUGUGUGUGUGUGUGUGUGUGUGUGUGUGUUUUGGCUUACUCAGAGUUUGUGUAGGAUUCGGUGUUGUGCUGGAAGCCUGACGUUUGCUGGAUUCCAUCUCUAAGAUAAAGUUUUCCUAGUGUUGCUGUUUGUUGUCACUGUUGAAUAGCUGAAGAGAAGCACUGAGGCAAGGAUCUCGGGAGCACGCAUAAACGUCACAUCCUUUGGAUUUUCCCGGCAAAACCGACCCGCUCCAUUCGCAUGAAAAUCAGCCUACAGGCUUUACUAGGCAACCUAGGAAGUCCGGCAAAGUCUCGUUUUUUUAAGGUGCGUUAUAAGCCGAAUAUUGCUACAUACUUGCCUCAACUUUAUUUGUAGCUAACUUCAGCUGUAGAUGUGCUGUUUAUGUAUUUUUUGUCAAUUUUAUACUUUUUAAGAAAUGUAAGAUUAAAGUUUGAAAAUCUCUCAUCGACUUACAUUAAAAGAAUGUUGACAACAAUCAUGACAUCUUAAUAUUUGCACUCUGAACUGUGAUUGGUCUCCUUUAUUACACCUAUUUGCAAACUGAAUUGUGAUUGGUCUUGUUGAGGCCCAUAUGUGCAUUCCGCAAAAAGAUUUCUGUUCUACCGAUUCCCUACCCAUCGCCUGUUAGUUUAUUCAAUAUUUGGCAAAUUGCAAAUUUUAUGUGGCUUUUAGAUCUCAAUAAGACUCACAGCUCCAUUUAGCACAUUUUACAAUGUUUUAAUCCAUUUCCUCACUAAAUCAGCAAUAUGAAAAAAGGGCUACACUUUACAUUAUAGUUCCCUUUUGAUAAGUGUUUAUAAAUGGGAUUAUUAAUGACCAAGUCAUUUACAAAUGCAUUAUUAAUCACUGAUAUGCAGUUAUAACAAUGUUAAUAAAACAAUUUCAUGCAAUACUUGCCAAAUAGGGAGCAUUUUAACUUUCAUGUUAUAAAUGCUUAAUAAAUAUAAUUAUUAAUAUUUACAUUAAUCAAAAUGCAUCAAAAAGAGAUUACUAUAGUGAGAUUAAAAAAAUGGAUUAUGUCAGUCUGGUUUAUGAUUUAUAUCAUACAAUAAAGCCUGAUGACCAUUAAACAAUACUGAACUUUUUGUACAUAGUUUGCUAAUGUUGAAUAAGUGUUAUUAAGCAUAUAUUACCCAAUGUGAGGUAAACCGGCUCACUAUUUGGCAAGUAUUGCAUGAAAGUCUUUUUAUGCAUUUUGUUUUAACCGCAUAUUAAUGAUUUAUAAUGCACUUGUAAAUGAAUUAUUAGUGAAUAUGAACCCCCUUUAUAAACUAUUAACAAAGGAAACAGUAAUGUAAAGUCUUACUAAAAAAUGCCUGGUCUUGUCUCCCUUGCAUAUAUUUAACCAUUUAUAAUCGCUGCACAGUGACUAUGUGCGGAUUCUUGCAUUCAGCUGACAGAAAACAAAGAUGCGACCAAAACCUACAACCUCAGUUUCAACACUAUUCUGUUGCUGCCUUGCAAGCAUUGGGAUUUCCUUCAGCAAAUGCAAAUCUAGUUGCAGCCGUAUUGUAAUGUUUGCAGUUGCAUUAGCUUUCAAAUGGACAAAUAUGCAAAUAGAAAUAUGCACUGUGUGGUAUAGCUAAAGUAUAAAGUUAAACUUUCAGUAUAACAAGUAGAGGACCAAAGUGCAUGAUCACAUGCAUAAUUCUGUUUUAUGAAGGAACAAAAUGACUGUCAUACCAGCAAUGCUGCAAAAUAUUUUGAAUAAUGAAUAAGUUAAAUACAAAGUAGGGCUGCUGCAGGCUGUUAUGAGAACAGCAACUGGUCUAAAUGUAGCUUUACAAGAUUACUGAUGCAAAUAUGAGUGACAGAGUAACUGAGCUCAUGAUUUUUGUCCUCAAUGUUUUCAUAUCACAGAAGCAAUGCUUCAUUAUGGAUAUAUUUGCACUCAUUCAAGUCAUUUUUAAUCUUUGAACACUGCGAUCAUUUAAUAAAAUCUACA